GACCCCCACCCAGUCGCCUCAUUCCCUACCUGGGCACUGUACCCAUGAACUUCUACCCAGUCGUGAUGGGCCAGGCACUUGAUGGAGAGUGUUUCUGCUUAGAACCUAAAUGCUACGAGCAGAAGCAGUACAAAAAUGGAUUGAAGUUCGCCAAGCAAAUCCUGGCCAACUAUGCAGACCAUGGAGAGACACUUGCCAUGAAGGGCUUGAUCCUGAAUUGCCUGGGAAGGAAGGAGGACGCAUACAACUUUGUCCGACAGGGUCUGCGCAACAACCUGAAAAGCCAUGUGUGUUGGCACGUGUUCGGACUGCUCCAGCGCUCAGACAAGAAGUACGAUGAGGCUAUAAAGUGCUACCGCAAUGCCCUCAAGUGGGACAAGGACAACCUUCAGAUCCUGAGGGACUUGUCACUACUUCAGAUUCAGAUGAGAGAUCUUGAGGGCUAUAAGGAAACUCGAUAUAAAUUGUUUGAGUUACGUCCUACACAGCGCGCCUCCUGGAUCGGCUAUGCCAUGUCAUUCCACUUACUUAAAGACUUUGACACAGCACUGAAGAUUCUAGAGGAAUUUAGGAAAACAAUCCAUAAAACAACCUAUGAUUAUGAAUACAGUGAACUCCUGUUGUACCAAAACCUUGUGAUGAGAGAGAGCAAAAAACUCACUGAAGCUCUCAAACAUCUCAACACAUAUGAGUCCAACAUCUGUGAUAAGGUUACACUACAAGAAAUCAGAGGAGAUAUAAUGUUAGAGUUAGGAAUGAAGGCAGAUGCAUCAGAGGUGUACAGAGGCUUGGUGAAACGCAACCCUGAAAACAGGAAUUACUACCUCAAGCUAGAGGAGACCUUGGGACUAACAACAGUCGAGCAGAAGCUCGAACUUUACAAACAACUCAAAGAAAAGUAUCCCCGUGCUCAAGUGCCUAAGCGACUCCCCCUCAAUUAUGCUCGAGGAGAAGUCCUUGAAUCCUUGUUAGACCCUUACCUAAGAGCAGCACUACAGAAAGGUGUGCCGCCCCUCUUCACAGACCUCCGCUCUCUCUACGACGACCCUGAAAGAGUCGGCAUCAUUGAGAAACUCAUGAACCGUUACCUGGCGAAUCUUGAAGAGACGGGUCACUUGUGCGAGGAAGAUAACGAGUACAAGGAACCAGCCUCCAUCCUGUAUGUGUUGAUGUUCCUGGCUCAGCACCACAGUUACUUGGGUGAUCCCGACAAGGCUCUCACACUCAUAGAGCGUGCGCUUGAACACACGCCUACCCUCAUAGAACUUUAUAUAGUCAAGGGUAAAAUAUUAAAGGAUGCGGGUGACUAUGUGGGAGCCUACGAAGCCUUGCAAGAAGCCCAGGCCCUCGACACCGCUGACCGCUACGUCAACUCCAAGGCAGCAUCGUACCUCCUCAAGGCUAACUUAGUCAAACAGGCCGAGGAAAUGUGCUCCAAAUUUACCAGAGAGGGUGUUUCAGCCAUGGAGAACUUGAACGAAAUGCAGUGCAUGUGGUUCCAGACAGAGUGCGCGCAGGCCUAUUUCCGCCUUAGCCAGUAUGGGGAUGCUCUUCGUAAAUGUCAUGAAGUAGACCGGCACUUCACCGAGAUUAUAGAGGACCAGUUCGACUUCCACACUUACUGCAUGAGAAAGAUGACUCUCCGUUCCUACGUUGAGCUGCUAAGACUUGAGGACAUACUCAGGAGCAACAGAUUCUAUUGGGACGCAGCACAGACAGCCAUUGCCAUAUAUCUGAGUGUGGAUUUUUCUUCCAUUGUAUCAACACAGUAG